GGUGGGGGGGGGUUUGGGUAAGUAGGUGAGAGAGGCGGUGUGUGAAGAUGGGAGUGGUGGACCGUGUCGAAGGCGGUGGAAAGGUCCCGGAGGAUGGGGAGGCAGAGGGAGCCCCGGUCACACACAGGGAGGUCAUCGUUUGUGACUUUGACGAGUGCCGUAUCUGUGCAGUGGACAGAGCGGAAACCAGACUGGAGAGAGGAUGCUACAGGGAGAUAUAUUUCACCUUUUCAUGAUGUCCCACUCUAUGCAGUAAACGAUCAGGUUUUGUUCAAUAUGGUUGUAGAAGUGCCCCGUUGGACAAAUGCUAAAAUGGAGAUUGCUACAAAGGAUCCUCUAAACCCUAUUAAGCAGGAUAUGAAAAAGGGGAAUUUACGAUAUGUUACUAAUAUCUUCCCUUACAAGGGUUACAUCUGGAACUAUGGAGCAUUACCACAGACAUGGGAAGAUCCUCAUCACAAAGAUAAAACUACAAAUUGUUGUGGUGAUAAUGAUCCUAUUGAUGUCUGUGACAUUGGAUCAAAGUUGUGUUCCUGUGGUGAGGUAAUUCAGGUAAAACCCCUCGCAGCUUUGGCUCUCAUCGAUGAAGGCGAGAUGGACUGGAAGAUUAUUGCCAUCAACAAGGAGGACCCAGACUCAGACAAGUUUAAUAAUAUUGAUGACAUCAGGAAGUACAGGCCAGGCUAUCUGGAGGCCACACUCAACUGGUUUCGAUUAUACAAGAUUCCUGAUGGCAAGCCAGAAAACCAGUUUGGUUUCAAUGGAGAAUUCAAAGACCAGGCAUUUGCAAUUGAUGUGAUUAAGUCUACUCAUGAAUCCUGGCAAUCUUUAAUCUACAACAAGACUGAGAGAGGUGAAAUUAACUGCAAAAAUGUGUCCAUCACCGACAGUCCCUUCCACUGCAGCCAAGAAGAAGCCGAAGCAAUUGUCCGUUCAGCACCAGCAUGUGGGGAAGUGAAAAGUAUCCCAGAGGAAGUGAACAAAUGGCAUUUCCUUGGCAAGUGAAUAUCGGACAUCAAAGAUUUGUGUUUUAAUGCUGAGAACCGUGUACUGCCAAAUCUAUAAAAAAAAGAGCAGGACGUGAAUGUGAUGAUCUUGAUACAGAGUGUGGAUUCAGCUGGAAAACCAUCAUGAUUUCUAUUGCUUCAGUUAGCCAACAGGCAUAUUGCUCCACAGUCCUUACAUAUAUGUACAAUCUCUGUGCACAGAUCUUGCUGUAAAUGCUUAAUUUCCCCCUCUAAUUAUUGUCAGCACAUGAUGUGUUCAGUAAAUUUGUUUCCUCUA